UGUACAUUGUCCAAGGUCCAAAGUGAAUAUCCAGGACAACUAUGUUCUUAAAAUUCUUUGCAUAAAUCCUACCUGAAUCAAGUUGCCAUAUUUACUAUAAAACAAGUGAUGUGAACAGGAAUUGGACUGCUUCUUUCUUUAAUUCAGUUUUCAUAAUGAUCAUUUAAAAAAACACACAACAUAAUGCUAUAUUUAUGGUGUUGAAUUGAAAUUACAUGCUGUCACAUAGUGAUUGUGCUUCGAUAUAAAAUGGACAAAAUAUAGGUAAACAUUUUAAAAAAAAAAAUGUCAUUCCUUCUCAAUGAAGCCUGUGUUUAAAAACUGUGGAAUAUUCUACCUCCACUGACAUUCAUCAAUAAUGCAGGUGUAGUUUUUACCUGAGACAGCUGUUAAAAGGAUUAAAAUGUGCAGAAAAAUUACUUUUGACACACUUGGCGUGCCAUAAGGUAUUAUAUUAUAUGCAGAUCAGUGCAUUUAGGGAAUACGGAAGUUCACAAUCUGCAUCAAGCAAUUGAACUAUGAUCAACCGACCAUCGUUAUCUGCUGAUAUUGUUAUUCAGUAUUUUCGACAACUGUAAGUAAAAGUUAGGACGCUGCUUAAUAUUCACGUUGAUGCUUACUUUUCUUUAUAAUGUUAUUAACAGUACAGCUAUGUUUAAAGGUAGUGGCAGUUCCAUCACCAAACACUCGUCAUCAGGUGUGAAUGUCACGGGUCCUCGGAGAUGACCUUAAAACCGGAUGUCCCGUGUCGCAAUUGAAAACCAAUGGCUUCGAUAUCGUCUACAAUUACUGAUGAGUUUUUGACGUGCUCUAUCUGUUUUGAAAUUUUCAAGGAUCCAAAAACACUUCCAUGCUUGCAUUCAUUCUGUAAAGGUUGCAUCGAUGACUUCACAAAGAAAAGAGAGAAUACAAAUGAACACACCUGUCCAGUAUGUCGAGAGUCAUUUCAACUCUCUGAUGAUUUUGCAGGCAAUUUAAAGACAAAUUUUUGUCUGAAGAAUCUUAUCGAACUGGUGACUUCUAGCAAAGGAGUGAAGAAAUUGUGCUCAUUUUGCAGUUUAAAUGGCAAUCACAUUGAAGCAUCUUCACAAUGUCUCACUUGCAAAGAUUUGCUUUGCUAUGAAUGUUCGGAACAUCGACAUCGAUCUACUACACUAACAUUAAAUCACAGAAUUGUUUCACUUGCCGACGUGGCAUCUGGAAAAUAUGAUGAUGAAAUUCGCUCACAACAGCGCAUUCCUUGUUUGGAACAUAGCGGAGAGGACUUAAGAUAUUUUUGCGAAACAUGUGACAUUCCCAUUUGUCGUGAUUGCAUCGUCCUUAGCCACCAAAAUCAUAAAUGCAUGGCCCCAUCAGAAGCGAGAAAAAGAAUGGAUGAAAAUCUUGGCACUUUUAUGAGUUCUUUAAAGGAGAGGUUAGAUAAAUUUCAAGCUGCCAAAGAAAAUGUAACAAGUGCUUUAGAUAAACUAGAGACAGGAAAGCGGCAGAUAAAAGAAAAUUUGGAAAAGCAAGUAAACGACAUAAUAAACACAGUCAUGGAGUCUCAAAAAUCGGUAAAAACUGAUUUUGAUCGGAUUGUGAAAUCAAAGGAAAAUAUUUUACACGAAAAAAAGGAAUGUCUUGAGAAAGAAAGGAAAUCGCUUGAGGAAACGUACACGUUUUGCAGAAACAUUCUAGAUUGUGGAAACGAUAUUGAGAUUCUCACCAUGAAAACGGAUAUGAAUGAAUGCCUAUCAAAGUUGCAUUAUUCCAAAAAUGAAAAAAGAUGCACCAUUGAAGAGAUUGAACUGCCAACCAUUGAAUCUAGCAUUGACGGAAAUGUUUUUAGCUUGGUGUUUCAAAGUGUGAAGAUGAAGAUGAGUGAAGAUGAUUCGAGUAAAAAGAACACAAGAAAUGAAAAUGCUGACAAGUGUACCGCGACCACUGAUGGAAAAAAGAGAAAUCCUGAUCAUGUCAACCCCAAAUUAUUACACACGUUUCAGGGAAAAGACACUAAAGAUAUUCACAAACCAAGUUACACAAGUGUGACAUGGGUGGAUGAAAACAAAAUAGCAGUUAUCGACCAAAGAAACCAAAAACUUAAAUUUCUCUCCACGCAAAAUGAUAAAAUUAUAUCAAAAGUCAUCGCAAAUUGUGUUGUGGCGAAUUCUUUUAAGAGUGGAAUGGCAUGUAGAACAUCUGAGGGCAAAUUGUUUGUUUACAACAAUUCAAUGGACGAACAGACAACUUUCUCAGGAGUGUUAACUCUGAUGACCUGUCAUCCAAAAUCACCUCAAAUAAGCUGGAUAUCUGCAUUAGAUAAAAUUUGUGUAUUCGAAAAAGCCGAAGUCAAACAAAUCGUCAUCACCGAUCCAAACAAAGCAGGCCUUUUAAGAAAUCCCAAGUUCGGACACGUUCUAAGGAAUGGAAUGUUUGCUGUUUCGGACUGGGAUUUAGAUUGUGUGUUUCUAAUCAGAAGAUCUGGAUAUGUAGAGAGAAGAAAAUAUUGCAGUCCGGGUUCUAUUUCUUCAGAUUCAAAUAAUAAUAUUUACGUGUGUGAUCACAAAGAGAGUCUCAUUUUGGUCUUUAAAUUGUCUGGAGAGACAAUGCACACGUUUGAUGUUGGAUCCUGUGUCUAUAAUCCCAAAAGUAUUGCCAUAAACCAGGACGGUCGAAUUUUGAUCACAAAUAAAACAUCUGUCGUUUUGGUAACACUGAAAUAAUAAUUGAAUAGCUUGCUCCAAUUAACAUUUCGAACAAAAAAUAUGCCAGUGUUCAAAGAAGUACUUUCUAAACGUAUGUAUUUCAUCUAGAAUCUGUAAAUAAAUUCUGCAAUUUUUUGUUAACACGACCUAUCAUAAUUUGGGAAGUGCCUUUAUGGACAUGUGUGCCUGUUUUGGUUGUCAUAUAAAGUUUCAUUAGAAGAUGAUUUGAUUUGAAGAUUUCGAAAUGAAUUGAAUAAUAUUUCGACUGAGAGUAGCAGCAAGAUGAAUUUGUGAAUCGCAUAAUCUCAAUGUGUGGAAUUUGUGAAUCGAAGAAAAUUACUAACCAAGAAUAAUCGAGAGAAUGAUUCUAUGACAAGACCAUAGUGAUAGUUGUUAUAGAAUAAUGAAAAUGUUUACAGAAUUAGAAUUUAAUACAGCGAAGGUACAUAGUCAACACAAUAAUUUAUUAUGUAGUGACUUAUAGACGUAAUACAGAAAUACAUUGGGUCCAUGAUAAAACUUUUAUUCGUGGAGAUGUAUCAAUGAAUCAUCAGUCUUAACAAUUCUGGCGUCAUCAUUGUGGUGACUUGCAGGGACUCCAGAUACGACCAUGUGUGAGGGAAUAUGAAUUCAUAUAAAGUCAGUAUUUACAUUUGGUUUGGUAUUAUCAUGAAAGUCUGCAUGAAAUCCUAGGGCAUUUAUUACAGCCGGAGUUGGCACACUGAAAUUCAUUCUAAAGGAAUUUUAAGAUGUUUUUGAGAAGGUAUUAGUAAUCAAUAAUUCAUUCAAAAGAUUGCAUGGAUUACUUCGACCUGACCUGCAGAUGCUGUUGAGUGUAUAUUGAAUUUAAGGACGAGAAACUUAAUUCAUGUUUUAUGCAAAUGCUGUAGCUGCAGAACUGUAGAAAAAUAUUAGGACGGAUCAGAGAGCUACAGAUCCAUCCCUUGUAAAAACCUUCGAUUUGCGGCGCACAAAAACAUGCGCACGCUAUAUUCUUGUAUUGCCGUCUCGUAAAUUUAAUACCAAAAAUUCCUAACAUAUUUUCCUACUAUGCUUGUGUCCAAACAUACUUUCAAAUAUUAAAGAUGUUUAUAUCUUUCAAGUGAUUCGAUACGUAAGAGCUUAUUUUGCGUAUGGUCAGUUUUUAAAUCGAGGCAAGAUACUGAGAAACAAGUUGAUGGUGGAGGGGUUUCAACAGUCUCGUUUAAAGUCAGCAUUUUGCAAAUACUAUGGUCUUUAUAACGAUCUAAAUCGUCAAUACAAACUAUCCUUGGGUCAAAUGCUGUCUGACAUGUUUCAUACUUGUUAGUCCGUUCUUAGCACACUGGUUUUGACUACGGAUAACUCCGUUUAUCUGAUUAAGAUAUAGGACAGACGGAUGGUGUGACCGGUCGACAGGGGAUGUUUACUCCUCCUAGGCACCUGAUCCCACCUAUGGUGUGUCAUGGCGUCCGUGUUUGCCUAAUUCUCUAUUUUUUAUUGCUUAUAGGAAAUAGGAGAUUGAUUACUGUUGGUCAUUUUCACCUUUCAUAUAUGCUUAACUGAAUAUUCUUUACAAGACGUAUGCGAUUGAUCACUGUUGUCUUCAUUUAUUCAUACAUGUACACAGAAAACCUCAUAAUAAAUGUUAAAUUGAA